AUGGAUUUCGGCGACCCUGAUGGUGGGGGGUUUGGCGAUGAGCAGCCCAAGAAGCCCAGGGAGCUGCCGGCCGACCUGCCAAAGUCUCUGGACGAUCGCCGACAUGUCCCUACAGAGAUGGUUAGGGAAACAGAAUUCUAUGAUGGCUGGCAAGGGCAAUCGCAAUUCCUGACGAGCCCGAUGUUGGCAAAACCUCUACAAUUCAACGAGCUAUCACUCGAUGACCCCAAAUACGAGCAAGAUAUAACAAAAGGAAUCGCAGACAGCGAUGCUCGCCUCAUGGAAAUGCUGGCUGCACAAGCCCAGCAACAAGGCGUGGGAGGGGUGGAUGCAGACGCAAUCGCAAGCGACGCGAAGCUCUCCGACGAUGAGAAGAAAGACAUUCUACAACGGUCGCUGGCCAUGGCCGCUAGUAACGGAGACCUCGACCAAGUAAACUCCAUCCUCGGUGGCAAAGGAAAAGCCAUAGUCAACGUGAAUGCUGUGGACGAUGACGGAACGCCGCCUCUUGUUUACGCAAGCUGCUUUGGUCAUGAGAACGUGGUGCAAGCUUUAGUGGACGCCGGCGCGGACGUGGACAAGCAGGACCGCAACCAGUGGAAUGCCCUCAUGUGGGCCAUGACCAACCGGCACAAGGGCAUCGCCAAGAUCCUUCUCGAUAACGGGGCAUCCCCAGAUGCCAAGACUUCCUCAGGUCGAACGGCAUUCGAUUUCAUUGCUCCCGAUAGCGACAUGUCCUUCUACCUGAGUAAUAAUGGCUACAACAUUGGAAAUGCCGGCGUUGAUGACUUUUAUCAGCCCGGUUUCGAAGAUCAAAUUGAAGCUGAGUUGGCAGAAACCGAAAUGCGGCGACGAAUGAUGAUGGAUAGCGCGCGGGAUCUCGAGGUCGAUCUAGGCAAUGUAGGCAUGGACGAUCAACCCGAGAACUCGGACGAUUUUGAGGAAGAAGCACAAGAGUUCGAUUGGAGCCGCUGUCUCCAUGAUCAAAUGUUUGUUUUCCAGGAGAACCAGCUCGACCGAUUAUUGGAUGUCAUCAUUACCAAUAUGCAACCACAAAGAUCACCUUCUCAGAAGCCUGUCCCGGCAAACAUGAUUUUCCUGAGCGCGAGAUAUGCGCACUAUCAUGCCAGCCCUGAGCUGUUGGCCGAGCUUCUCGUGCGCGCACAAGACAAGAUCAACGACGUUAUAGAGCAACAUCAAUGGGACAUGACGAUCUUGGCAUUCUGGAUGUCAAACGCGACACUUCUGCUUCACUAUUUGAAGAAGGAUGCUGGCCUUUUGGAAGCUACGACUGAGUUCCAAGCCCAGCUGGCGGAGCUGAUCAAUGAGAUCUUUAUACUUAUUGUCAGAGAUGCCGAGAGACGACUCGACAAGGUGCUCGAUGUGGCCAUGCUGGAGCACGAAACGAUACCAGGCUUUGAAGAUGUCACCUUCCAACACGAGUGGAAAUUAUUCAAGCGAAAAAAGGAGGUCAAGGCAGAGCCAAUCGAGAAGCGAAUGCGACCUCCAUCGCCCAAGCAAAAGGCGAAGCCGGCCCCUCGAAAUGUGACAUCGUUAUUAUCCUCGACACUUUUUGUGCUCGAUCUAUACGAUAUCCACUCUGUCAUAACAGCACAAAUCGUUUCGCAGUUGAUUUACUGGCUGAGCGCAGAAAUGUUCAACCGUAUAAUGAACAAUAGGAAAUAUCUGGCCCGAACGAAGGCCAUGCAGAUUCGAAUGAACGUCUCAGUGCUCGAGGACUGGGCAAGAACCAAUAAUCGCAAGCCUGAACACUAUGAAAGUGGGGAGAUGACGGCAACUGGCGAGACCACCAUUGAAGCAGCACGGCGGCAUCUCGCCCCAGUCAUUCAACUGCUGCAGUGGCUGCAAUGCUUUUCAUCACUUGCUCCAGACGAUCUUGAGGCUCUGGUCGGUACUCUCCAGUCACUACCCCGACUGAGUCCCCAACAGCUGAUCUACUCGGCCAAGUAUUACAGGCCAGAGGUUGGAGAGAAAGGGCUCCCCAAGAGUGCGCUGAAAUAUCUUGAAGCCAUUCAAAAAGAAGCGGCAAUUAAGAGAGACCGCAGAAGGACGGUAUCCCCAUCGCGUCUGAGCGCACCAGCCACACCUGCCACACCUGCCAGGAGCAUAAGUGGACAUGACUUUGACGUGCCAGGCAGUGUUCAAAGCACACCAGGAGGGCCCCUGGACGAAGAGGAAGAUCUUCCGGAUGGAAUCAAUCUCGACCCCUCCUUCAUGUUACCAUUUUCAUUACCUUCGUCAACAGACAUGUUAGUCUCGUAUGGUGCUGGGUUUGGCGGGACAAACCGGGAGCGGGCUAGAAAGUAUAUCCCCACGAUUCCACCCGAGUUCCUUGACAAACUGAUUGAACCUGGUGGUCGAAGAAUGUUUGGCGAAAAGGACUGGGAAAAUGAGGAAGUAUAA